UUUCUUGGCACAGAAAAUGGAGCAAGUAUACGAAGGCGUUGCUCUCCCGGACAAGUUCAGCCAUAUGUCAAUCCACAAUGUGUAGCUCUUUCUGAGAAACAAAAAGGGGAGAUUUGGCACUAAGUUUGUCUGUUGUAUGUUUAAUAUGAUAAGCAGCCAACCAUCACCAGCAGCGUUGAGGGAACAGGAUGAAGAGAGCAGCCUUGGAGAAAGUUGUCCCAGCAACCUUUGAGACGCCGACACUUUGCCUUCUUGUUUUGGACUUUGUUUCACAUACAGCAUGCAGGAGAAUCGCAUUUCUCGUUGGUAUUUUGGUGGAGUCUCCUCCAGCAUGGCCGCCUGUUUAACACACCCACUGGAUUUAAUUAAGGUGCACUUACAGACGCAGCAGGAGGUGAGGGUGAGGAUGAUUGGAAUGGCUGUUAACGUGGUGAGGAGAGAAGGUUAUCUGGCUCUCUACAGUGGCCUCAGCGCAUCCCUCUGCCGGCAGAUGACAUAUUCUUUGUCACGGUUUGCCAUUUAUGAAACUGUCAGGGACGAGAUGAACAGGAAGAACAAAGGUCUCGUGCCUUUCUACCAGAAAGUCUUGCUGGGUGCCUUCGGAGGGUUUACAGGAGGUUUCAUAGGGACGCCAGCUGACUUGGUGAAUGUACGGAUGCAGAAUGAUGUCAAGUUACCGGUACAUCUCAGGAGAAAUUAUGCUCAUGCACUAGACGGACUUUUACGUGUUUGGAAUGAAGAGGGAAUGAGAAAACUGUUCUCUGGUGCUUCAAUGGCUUCUACAAGAGGUGCACUGGUCUCUGUCGGACAGCUGUCCUGUUACGACCAGUCCAAGCAGUUGGUUCUGGCUGCUGGUUAUCUGACUGACAACAUCCUCACUCACUUCCUGGCCAGCGUGUUUGCGGGGGGCUGCGCCACGAUCCUGUGCCAACCGCUUGAUGUCGUUAAAACAAGAUUAAUGAACUCAAAACUGGAAUACAGGGGUGUGCUUCACUGUCUGACAGAAACAGCAAGACUGGGCCCCAAGGCGUUUUACAAGGGUCUUGUUCCCGCAGCGAUCCGUCUCAUCCCUCACACAGUCUUCACCUUCAUGUUCCUGGAACAACUAAAGCAGCAUUUCGGUGCAGUGGUAGUCACCUGAGCGUGUUGUAUAGCUUGGAAGAGUCCACUAGAUCCAACAACAACCAAUGUGUUGUAUGUCCACAAUAAAUUAAUAUAUUUAAAUGUCAUUUUAUAAUGUGUUCUUUUUGUAAUGGACUUUGAAUUGUCUUGUUGUUGAAAUUGUGCUAUAUAAAUAAACUUGCCUUACAAAAAACCUUUUCAUCCGUAACACAAAUAAAAGAAAGAAAUACUUUUAUUUUUUCUUCUACAGCAUUACAAACAAAGAUUACUUGAAUUAUCAGGUUGUGUUAACUUAAAAUGCCAAAACAGUUACAUUACCUGUGAUGACACGAGCAGCUAGGAAUCUGAUACAGGGAUAGUGAAAAGAAGGUUUAGUAAACUUAAAAGUUCAUAUCAGCUGAUAAAGUCCUUUUGAGCCACUACGCAAUGACACUUUUUAAUACUAGGCCUUCUUUGCCCUCUGGGGGGACAUCUGGGGGGACAGUGUUACACUGAAGAAUAGUGUUUACUGUGUA